AUGCCCACUUGUCCGCAAUGUCAAUCGACCAAUACCUUGCUGAAAAGUGCUACUCAAGGUCAAUGCAGGAACUGCAGGGCACGGUUCACAAUCCGCCACCAACGACAAGAGUGGGACGAUCAUAGCCAACAAGCCGGUCCAAGCAAAAAGGAUGGGAAGCGAGCAAUGUACAAUGCGAAUAAGGACAGCGCAAGGUUCACAGCCAACAAACGAGCACGCUAUGAAGAUGACAGUGAUACAGAACCAGCUCGCAUUGAUCGACCUGCUGCUAUCAAAGAGGAAAUGCCAUCAUCAUCUUCUUCAGCAUUCAACACACGUAACGCAAUGGUCUUUUCACUAUCAUCAAAACCGAACCACAACACCAAGGACACCAGCAAUGGUCGACGACGACGCGAUCACACCGAUGACGAUGAUGAUGAUGAUGAUGACGAUGCAGAGGACGACUUGCUUGAAAAAGUCAAGAGAGAGGAACUUGAUAUGAUCGAUGACGAUGAUUAUGAUGACGAUGAUGACACGCAAGACACCGAUUCAUUAUUACAGCACUUCACUAAGCGAUUUGCAAAGCCAUCGGCGUAUAAAGCGACUGGUGCGUCGAUUGACUUUGAUGACGAGGAUGAUGAUGAUAUGAUCGAUGAAGAUGUUUCGAAUCUUGGAAUCAAUGACAGUCGCAAUACACGUGCAACUUCUUCAAGGAAGACGAAUCACAAUGAAGAUUUAUAUACGUGGGAUCUGCCGAUCAAGAAACGUCGCAAUGAAGAUUUAUAUACAUGGGAUCUGCCUAUCAAGAAACGUCGCAACCAUGGUCGAAUGAAAAAGCAGGCACAUUCAUCACAACGACCACCUCGGCAUCGCUAUGACGAUGAUUCAGAAUCAGAUUUCCAGCCUGAAGGUGACGAAGAUGACGAUGACGAUGAGAUGUUGGAUAGCGAGGAUGAAGAAUUACCACCACAAAGAAGACCUGUUGCCACUCGUUACCUUCCCAACCAGUCGCAAGCAUUUAAAAGGCCACUUGUUAAGGCUGCAAUCGAGCAAGACGACACUGAAUAUGAUGCUGCUCCUCCCAUCAAAAGGAAACAGAAAAGGGCGAACAUGACAAUGGAUACAAAGCCGACAAAGAAACCAAAGCCGAUGACGCGUGAUUCGGUCUCAGUGGAUGUGGUUAGUAAAGUAAAGAGAGAUAAAGGCAAAGAAAAGGCAUUUCGACCCGAUCCGAUGUUUUCAGAUGAAGAAGAUUAUAUUGCAUCCGACUACGAGCAGACGUCAUUUGUUGAUGGACAAUCCCAGCGGAGCACUCAGGCACCAGAAGAACCAAUGGAUCCAGUAAAAGCUAUGCAUACACGAAAGUAUGUGCACAAGGUUCCGAGACCUGGCAACAAGUACAAUCCUUAUCUCCUUUUCAACACCGCUAUGCGCAAGGAAAUCAUUGCUACGGAUGCAUUAAGUAACAAGGAGGUCAGCCAAAAGAUUUCACAAAUGUGGCGAGAUCUUCCAGAGGAAGAAAAGCAGAAAUAUCGUGAUGAAUCCAAACGACUCAAGGAGGAAUUCUAUGACAAGCAGCGUGAACAGAAACCGAAGUUGCCACCGAAUAGCUUUGUGCUCUUCAGUCGUGAUAUGUAUCCCAAGCUCAAAGAAGAGAAUCCAGAUCUCAAAUUCCAAGAUAUCAACACCAUCGUCACCCGAAAGUGGAAAGAACUUGAUGAGGCGUCGAAGAAUGUGUACCAGGAACGGUCUUUGGAAGCUCGGCAAAAGUUCAUGGAAGAAAAUGCUGAAUACUACAAGAAAUUCCUGGACAAUAAUAUCAAAAAGGCGCAACUCACAAAAAAGCACAACAAAGAGAAGUAUCAGGAGCUGGCUGAUUGGUACAACAAGCAUUAG